UAUACCCAACUUAUAGUCCGGUAUACACUUGGGUAUACUGUAUACCCAGUUGAAGAGCACUGAUCUAGACACACUCUAUUUUCUGUAAUGUUUUUAAGAAAACCUGAGAUCAUAUUGAAAACUGCCAUAUUUCGAAUAGCCUCUUUCUAGCCACAUCAUCCAAUGCUUAUGUUGACUGAAAAAUUGAUCAUGUCCAUUUCAUUAAACUAUGUUUGAAAUGCAAUUACUUUUUAGCCUAGUGUAUUUUUAAAAAUUAUAUCAAAAUGUUUUUGUAUAACUGAGGCAUAACAAAUUAUCAUGUCAAGUGUUGUUGAGAUAGAUCAAGGCAUUGGUUCUGGACAUAUGCAACUUGCCUGCAAUAACGGUUGUAGUAGAGAUGAUGUGUUUUCAGGAACUCAAGACAAUGAUCAAGUAUCAGACUUGAGCAACAAAUUUGAGCAGUUACAAGCUGCUGAUCAGAGCCACCAAGCAUUAACGAACUUAUGGAACAGUUGGAGCCACACUCCUAAUUAUGUUAAUGCUGUCCAACCUAAGUAUGACAUUAUCAGACAGCCUAAUCAAUGUAUGUUUGUUGAAGGUGUGUCAACGAUUCAUACUGGAAUUAAGGAUUUACCUGAGAAAAAUAAUAUUAUAAAAACCAAUAUAACGACUUUAUAUGCGUGUCGGACUGCCUCUGAUACAUUAAUAGAAGGCAUUAGAACAUCUGUGCAGCAGCUCCUUUCAAAUGUUCCCAGAGUGGUAAUUAAUGGCCCUUCUGAAAAUAGCCUUGUGCCUGCCAGCAGUGAUUAUAUUCAUAACGAUAGCUCACAAGAAGGAACCAAAAUAUGGUUUGGAAGCCAUGGUGUUUACUCUGGUGGUGGGAAAUAUACAGAGAGACACAGGAGCAAAACAUAUUAUCGUCCUUAUUGCUUAAUAAGCAGACGUCACUAUUCUUGCCAACCCUUAUCCAUCAGGCGAAGGAGAUAUGGUGUGAGUCAGAAAGGGAACAGUGAGCAAGGUGUUGAUGAGUUGACACAGCUUCUCAGCAAAAUGGGCACAGCAGAUAGCAAUCAACGGAAACUUGUAAACUUUAACAAGAAGGGUAAAUUGCAGUAUUCUCCCCCUCCAAAAUAUUACAUGCUCAGAUACCGGCCAUGUACGAAACUUACAAAGAUAAAAGAAAGAUCCAGGUCACUGAAUGAUCUGUCUUUUCAAAAUUUACAAAUUCAAGGUGCUGAACCAGGUAAAGUUCAAAACCUUGAACAGGAAGGUUCCAAUGAUGCGAAACCCACUUGCCCCCCUAACGAUCAACCCAGUGUGCUAUCUUCUGUCAAUAUAACUAAAGGUGGUGCAUCAGGAUCACAAAUUUGCCAAAUGGUUUCUGGGAUUGGCAAACUUAGUAUGUUGGACUAGUAGUUCUUCACCAACAAAACUUUUGAUGAUUCAUGUGACAUAUCGCCGGAUGAGAACAGAAACAGGCCAAGUUACAAUUUUGAGUUUUGAGAAAAACAAAAAAAAACAUUUUUGAAUUUUGUUAUUUUUGUAUUCUAGAAAUUCACACUUAGUAAAGACUAGAGCUCUGGUUAUUUUAAUGUGGAUGAGAAUAUCUUUGUAAUCAAUAUAUUUUGGCACUUCCUUUCUGUUUAUUUACCCCAUAAAUGACUUUGGCCCAUUCUGUUUUCAAUAAUGUCUGAAAUUUUUCGUGCGAGAUGCAAGGUAAAACCAGGUGACUUAGGCCUAAGUUGCACGGACCAAACUCUUAGAAAUGUAAGUUUCGUACAUUUUAUUUCCGAUGUCCAUGCCCAUCAUAUUGGAACUUAGGCCUAUUCUGUUCUUAACUUAUAGUAAAUAUUAUAGUCCAGCUAAAAUUUUUAAUAUUGAAUAAAGUGAAUUUCCCAAAAAUGUGACUUAGGCCCCUUCUGUUCUCAUCCUGCAAUAUAAGGGGCAAUCUCAGAUUCAAGAUUUUGUCACAUAUUUACAUUGUGUCUCACCAAUAGCUUUCAAGGCUGAUGUUGUAUGUGACUGCUCUUGCCUUCAUAUUUCGCUUCACAAAUUUACCAUUUUGCUUUUUCUGUGAGUGCUCUUAUAUGUGAUGGUACUUGAUGCUAACUUGUUUGAUAAUGCUCUGGAUUAUUUACAUUUGCACAUCAUUUUAAUUUGCAACAGUUUUCAUAUCAAGUACAAUUACCUGGAUUUGUUUUGCUUGUGUUUCGGUGCCCUACCAUGUUAAAUUAAUAAUAGGUUGGCUUUCUGAUUUUAGUUCACUAAAUGGGUGAGGGGCAAAUUACAUUUACGAUUUUCCACUGUAUUGUUAAAUAAAAGCUUCUUUGACAGUUAUGGUGAAAAACUGGAUUUUUCAUUCAAUUAUUACUACAUUAUCUUGUAUUCUAUACUAAACAAUAUUGUGUGUCACUGUGUUGCAUUAUAUUACAGCAUUAAUAUAUAUUAUCAGAUGAGAA